AUGGCGAUAUUCUCUGACAUGGUUGAGAAAGGGAUUGAGAUUUUUAUGGAUGAUUUUUCGGUUUAUGGGUCUUCUUUUGACAAGUGUUUGACUAAUCUGGAGUUGGUUUUGAGGAGAUGUGAAGAGUCGCAUUUAGUACUUAAUUGGGAGAAGUGUCAUUUUAUGGUGAAUGAAGGAAUUUUAUUGGGGCACAAGAUUUCUAAGAACGACAUUGAAGUGGAUCGGGCCAAGAUUUCUACGAUAGAGAAUUUGCCACCUCCAAUUUUAGUUAAAGGAGUGAGGAGUUUGUUGGGCCAUGUAGGGUUUUAUAGAAGGUUUAUCAAAGAUUUCUCCAAGAUCUCAAAGCCGCUGUCCACCUUGCUAAUGAAUGGGGUUCCGUUUGAUUUUGAUGAAAAGUGUCACCAAGCUUUUAAGAUACUUAAGGAGAAAUUAAUUUCAACACCUAUAGUUGUAGCACCUCAAUGGGAUUCGCCAUUUGGAUUGAUGUGUGAUGCUAGUGAUUUUGCAGUUGGGGCAGUGUUGGGACAAAGAGUUGGCAAGGUAUUUCAAACGAUUUAUUAUGCAAUUCGUACCUUGAAUGAUGCUCAAAUUAAUUGUGCAACUACGGAGAAGGAGUCAUUGGUCAUAGUGUUUUCCUUUGAUAAGUUUAGAUUGGAGGUUGAUGAGGAUUCUCUUGAUAAAGAAGUUCAGAUUAAUGAUAUUUUUCAUGAUGAGCAUUUGUUUGAAGUAAGUGUUUGUAAAGAUGUUCCAUGGUUUGCAGACUAUGUAAAUGUUUUGGCUGCAAAGGUUAUACCUCUUGAGAUGACAAGGCAACAAUUGAAGAAAUUCUAUUCGGAGACAGGGAAUAUAUCAAGAAGAGAUCAAAUGCCAAUGAUUGGUAUUUUGGAGGUCGAGUUGUUUGACGUUUGGGGAAUAGACUUUAUGGGACCUUUUCCGUCAUCGAAAGAUUGGUCAAAGAAGCUCGAUGAUUCACUUUGGGCUUAUCGCACUGCAUUUAAAACUCCGAUUGGUAUGUCACCAUAUCGAUUGGUGUUUGGUAAGGCAUGUCACUUACCGGUGGAACUUGAGCACAGAGCUUACUGGGCUGUGAAAAAGUUAAACAUUGAUCUCUUUAUGGUGGGACAAAAUAUGCUUAUGGAGUUAAACGAGCUUGAUGAAUUCCGAAAUGAAGCUUAUGAGAAUGCGAGGAUUUAUAAAGAGAAGUUGAAGGCCUUUCAUGAUAAGCGGAUAUUGAGGAAGGAUUUUCAACCAGGAGAUAAAGUGCUGGUAUUUAAUUCAAGACUUAAGCUCUUUCCUGGUAAAUUGAAGUUAAGAUGGUUAGGACCGUACACGGUAGUUGUUUCCCUUCCUUAUGGAGUAGUGCAAGUUCAUAGUGAAAAGACGGGACAUUUUAAGGUGAAUGGUCAGAGAUUGAAGCAUUAUUUAGAAGGCCUGGUGGAAAAAUGCAAGUCCAUGGUGAUUUUGGAAUUAGUCUGA